CCUUGGCCAGCCUCUCUGAUCCGGCAGCGCCGGGGGCAGGACGCCCCUCCCCCGUCCCGCGGGCCUCGCGCCCCUCGGCGCCUCGCCGCCCCCUCCCUGUGCCAGCAGCAGCUCCGGCUCGUGGCCCAAGUCCGGGGUGCGGCCGCAGGAGGAGACCCACGAAGCCCCGAGCCGCAGCUCCGCGGGGCCAUCGCUCGGCUCGGGAGUCACGGCCACUUCCUGCACAUAGGACCCGACAGGCGCCUCGACGGCACCUGGGAGGAGGCGGGGCCUGGAACCCUGUUUAACCUGAUCCCAGUGGGGCUGAGGGUCGUGGCCAUCCAGGGCACCCGAGCCGGGCGUUACGUGGCCAUGAACGGGGCCGGGCUCGUCUACACGUCCGUCCAUUUCACCCUGGUGUGCCGCUUCAAGGAGUGUGUUUUCGAGAACUACCACGUUCUCUACGCCUCAGCCCUGUACCGGCAGCGCCGCUCGGGCCGCGCGUGGUACCUGGGGCUGGACCGGCACGGCCGCCCCAUGGCCGGGCCCCGCGUGCGCAAGGACAAAGCAGCCGCUCAUUUCCUGCCCCAGCUGCUCGAGGGUGAGGGGAGAACCCUAAAAAAACCCACCCAGGAACUCCCAGGAACACCCAGAGCUGAGCCCGGGACCGCUGGGGCCCUGUGGGAGCGCCCGGCUUGGCUCGGCCAUCCCAAUCAUUCCAUCCCAAUCAUCCCAAUUGUUCCAUCCCAAUUAUCCCAUCCCAAUCAUCCCAAUUGUUCCAUCCCAAUCAUCCCAUCCCACAUCAUCCAUCUCAUCCCAUCCCAAUCAUUCAAAUCAUUCCAUCCCAAUCAUCCCAUCCAUCCCAAUCAUCCCAUCCCAAUCAUCCCAAUCGUCCAAAUUGUUC